UCCACGUCGAAACCAGUUGGGAGAGUAAAAUCAUGAAUUACACAGAGCACCAUAAUUCUGCAAGCCACUGCUGCAAUUUAGCACGUGUAAACCGCAUGGAAUUUGCAUGGACGCUUAAAUCAGACGCUCGUCCUACCACGGCCGCCGAGUGCACUGAACAAGUCAACUCAAAAACAUGUUGCGAGUUUUGAUUGAGCUACUGCCAUAGUUAAAAAUUUUUAAUAAAAAAGUUUAAACAAAUAAACCCAGCCAAUUACGAAAUUUUUACAUCAGAUUCACUUAUGAGAUAACUAAAAAACCAACGUGGCAUAUCUCAGUUUUGGUCAAGAAAAAAUUUUUCAGAUUCAUUAAUUCAAUGUUGCUAUAUAUUAUACUUGAACCUUAAGGUUUUAGUAAACUGUAUUUGUCCUUGUAAAGGGUGUAUGUUCAUAGAAGAAUUACGCCCCACAUUCACCCCAUAGCAUAGCAGAGUCUGUAUCUAUCUCCUUUCUGCAUUAAUAGGAGGCUGUUAUAUACUUUCUAUUAUUGUUCUCACAAUCUAGCCUGAUUUUUUGGGAAUAUUUUAAUUGGAUGUGCUUAUGUUUUUUGUUCAUGACAGUAGGAUGAUGACAUAAACCAUGAUUGCAUUUUUUGGAUAUAAGUAACUUAAGCAGAGCCAAAAUUCCGUCUCUUCUUCAAUCACUCACUCUCAAAAGAGCGAUUGCGAUUAGCAAGGCAUAAAAAAAAGUAAGACGGAAAACAGGGAAGGGGAUAGACAGUUUUUAAUUAAUUUUAAAAUUUUGAUUUUGUCUAUGAUGUCGAGGAUUCCAGGGAGGUUGAAUAGGAUAGCAGUGGCUUUCAACGAAGCAGCGAAGGCUCCCAUGCGGCUCUGCCAGAGCAGCGGCAGCGAGCACUCUCCAGAGGAUUCCACUGAUCUUUCAGAUCUUGUGAAUUCUUUCUUGGAGAGAGAUUGCGAGAUUCAAACUGAUGAAGGAAAGAUUCAUCAAGAGGAGGAGGAGGAGAAGCAAGAUGACUCAGAUGGUUUUUGGUCAGAAUAUGAUACGAAACAGAUGUUGAAGAAUUUGCUAAGCAACGCCCAUGAUGGCAACCAAGAAGAGGAUGUGAAGCAAAAGAUUAGGAAAGAGACAGAACUUGCAUGUCAGUUGAUCAUAGGCGACAGGUUGUCCGAGGGCUUUAAGCGUCAGUUGGUGUCUCAUUUGCGCGACAAGGGUUUUGAUGCUGGUCUGUGCAAAUCCCGGUGGGAAAAAGUAGGUCAGCAUAUAGCUGGGAAUUAUGAAUAUGUAGAUGUGAAUAUCAAUGGAAUUCGCUACAUUGUUGAAGUAAAUCUAAGGGGAGAGUUUGAAAUAGCUCGACCAACAACUUGUUACGCUUCAUUACUGGAGGAUAUUCCACCAAUUUUCGUUGGUAAAACCAAAGAGCUCAAGCGGAUUGUAAAGCUAAUGUGCAAAGCAAUGAGAGAAUCCAUGGAAAGCAGAGACAUGCACGUGCCACCCUGGAGGCGAAGCGGGUACAUGCAAUUGAAGUGGUUUGCUCGUUACGGGCGUACCGUCAAUGAAUUUCCUGUUCCAAAUGCAUCACAGUCUAAUAAUUCUGUACCUGCUCCAGCAAGGAGACCGGUCGGGUUUGAGGCCAUCCCGACUAUAUCUUUCCACUGCAGAGAUAAUUAUGCCAGCAAAGCUGGGUUGAAAGUUGGGUAUUUAGCUGCUGCCUUCAACAGCACUAGCUAGGAACAGUUGUGGUCAUUGCGCGGGAUUGCAUUGUACAUAAAGAGAAGAAGAUGGUUCAAGUUUUUGAAGGCUACCUCUAGCUGUAGCUGGAGAGUGGAAUCGAUUGUUUAUGCUUUUCGUUCUAGUUCAA